UGUGCAGUGCUAGAACAGGAAAUGAAUGCAGGCAAGCUGAAACCAGCACACACGCAAAGAGCGCACUCUAACACACACACACACACACACACAUUCUCUCACAGACUGGCCAACGCUCCUCCAACCAGAGCUGGAACCUUUGAGCUCCAGGUGGGAAGACAGAAAGCGGAGGAGGGGAGUGGGAGCUGGCCAGGGGAAGAAGGAGAGGGCAAGCACAAAUCAAAGAGAACAGAGGGAAAGAGAACAGAGCAACCUGUUACUGAGAUCUGGGACAGUACUGAAGAAACUGUGGGAGAGAGGAAAACUGGCUAUAGGAUGUUUCUUCUGCCCUCCUGCUCCAGGAGGACUGCAGUGGAACCUUGACCAACCCAGAGGGAAAGUCGUGAGCGGGUGGCCACAGCUGAGGCUGCCAGAGCCACCACGCCACAAUGACCUCCCUGGUGUGCAACAUGGGGCUGGUGCUGGUAGAGUUUGAGUAUGAGUACACAGGCCGUGACGGCGGCAUAGUGUCCAUCAAACCCAACGAACGGUACAUCCUGCUGGCCAAGACCAACGACCACUGGUGGCACGUGCGCAAGAACGAGCGUGCCAGGCCCUUCUAUAUACCCGCUAAAUAUGUCAAGGAGCUCCCUGCAGAGUUCCCGUCCCCGCUGGACUUUGCGGACCCACACUGCCCCAGCGAGGUCUCUGUGCCGGUUCCAGUGCCGGUUCCAGUGCCGGUUCCAAAGCAGGCCGUUCCAGACCGGGUGGAAGAUAAGGACUCGAGGGCAGGCGAUGAGGUGACCAUUCGCCUCCGCUCCCAGAAGAGCCACAAGACAGAACAUCGCAUGUCCACCUUUGGUGUCCCCUUGGAAUUCCACGACCCUUCCCCAGUGGCGUACAAGCACGGCAGGGUGAACGACUCACUGCUGGGCCUUCACUCUUAUGUUGCCCCUGAGGUCCCCUCAGUGUUGCCCUCGCCUCUAACCAAUGAUAGUGCCCAGCACAAGAAGCCGUUAAGCCUGGCUUCCAAAAACCUUUUGGUGGAAGAGCCUCUUUCCUCGAAGUCAAGAGCCCCAAGCUUUAGCCCAGCUGACCCCCUCCAUCGGCCCGCCCAAGCCAUUCCAGUGGAUACGCCGAUCAUCCCUAAUGCCGAAGUUACCAGCAGAGGUGGAAUUCCCCACCAGGAACCUCUGGAAAAGCUGGAAUCUCCUCUGGAGCUGAAGGAGGAGGUAGAGGACAAAUCUACUAUGGAUCCGGGGGGAAAUUGUCAGGAGGACUGUGAGAAUAUUUAUGAAUCCAUAUUGGACCUGAAACUGGAUGAGUCUCCUAUAAUAGUGGAGACAAACUCGACUGUGAGUCCUGCUACAGUGGCUGAGCCUACCACUCCUGCUUCUCCCCCUUCGACACAGACACAGGUGGAGAAUGCCAACCCCAACACUGCCAUUUACGCCAAUGUCACCGAGCUGAAGAGGAACACUGCGCGACCCCCUCCUGUUCUACCUCUGGGUGCCGCCUUGCUCAUCAGCCCGGAGGGGUGGCAGGUGCACACUGACAAGGACAGUGGCAAGGAGUUCUUCUACCAUCCGACCACAGGCCAAACCACUUGGGCCAAACCCGGCAGCCCCCUCCUCUCCACCAGCAUGGAGCUUCCCAAGGAGGUACCGGCCGUCCCUGCUCCGUCCCAGACCCCGUCCCCGGCCCAUUCCUCAACCUCAUCCCAGGGUUCCAACUGGGAGAAGCUUAUGGAUGACACCUCCGGCCAGCCCUACUUCUAUAACCCAUAUUCUGGGGCCACGUCCUGGUUAGCUCCGGAGCCAAACUCCCCCUGCUCCCCAGUAUCCAUGCCCCUUGUGCUGAAGCGCCCAGAUGAAGGACCGGUAGGGCCCCCUCUCCCAGAAGAAGACUACCCAACAGAAGACCAUGAGACUCCAGACCCCAUUUCCUCAGCGUUCCCCAGAGACAUCCAGCCCUCGCAGCUGGGCAAAAGCACCACUAUACCUCGGGCCAGCCUAGACUCCAGCACCCUGGCAGGGUGGAAUUGCUCCUUGGAUACAGAUGGGAACACUGUGUUCACUAAUGAAAGCACACAGGAGCAGUGGCUCAAGUCAGAGGAUCAAAAAGGAAAGACCUACUACUACCUGAGAGAUGGCACCAAAUCCCAGUGGAACCUUCCAGCUGAGUUGGAGAGAAGCAAUACUGUAACACUCCCGGUUGCACCCAUCCUGCCCAAGGUGGGGAAUGGAGUGGACCAGGACGGGCCACCAGUUCUGAAGAACUGGAGACACACCAUGGGCCCAGCUCAGUUUGGCCUCUCACAAGAUGACAAUACGUUCUUUCCAAAACACAGAAGAAAUAUUUCAGACGUCUCCAGUGAAGCAUCAAGCUCAGGCAACUCUGCCGAAACACCACACCAUUCGGAUAGGUUGGGACUGCAGAGGAGGUUGUCCAAUCUGAGCACACACUCACAUCACCAGCACGCACAUCUACUGGAGAAGGCAGGGAUCCUCAACAAAACGAAGUUGGUUGACAACGGGAAAAAAAUUAGGAAGAAUUGGAGUCAGUCAUGGACAGUGCUCCAUGAUGGCAUUCUUACGUUUCACAAAGAUCCAAAGUCUGCAGCCUCUGGAAACUCUAACAAAACCAGUCAGAUUAUUCCAGAGUACACAGUGGAGCUGCGCGGGGCAACUGUGUCCUGGGCCCCCAAGGACAAGUCCAGCAAGAAGAAUGUUCUGGAGUUAAAGACACGUCACGGGUGUGAGUACCUGAUCCAGUAUGACACAGAGAACAUCAUUUGUGACUGGCACAAGAUAAUACUGGACAGCAUUAGACAGCAGGACCAAGAUCACCGGUCGGAAGAGGAAGAGGAGGAGCCUACAGAGAAAGCGCCACUUGCUAUAGACAAAGACAAGAAAACCAGCUCCACCAGAAGUCAAUCAGGUAUCAGUGCGGAGUCAUCAGACCCGGGGCGUGUCCGAACCAAACUACGCAAGUUCCUCCAGAGGAGACCCACUCUGCAGUCAGUGAAGGAGAAGGGCUACAUACGAGAUAAUGUGUUCGGUUGUCACCUGGACACGCUGUGCCAUCGAGAGAACAGAACUGUGCCCAAGUUUGUGGAGAAGUGUAUUCGAGCGGUGGAGAGGAGAGGACUGGACAUUGAUGGGAUCUACAGAGUCAGUGGAAACCUAGCGGUCAUUCAAAGACUGCGCCACAAAGCAGAUCAUGAGGAGAAUCUGGACCUGGAGGAUGGGCAGUGGGAGGAGAUCCAUGUGAUCACAGGGGCCCUGAAGCUCUUCUUGAGGGAGCUACCUGAACCUCUCUUCCCUUACAGUUUCUUUGACAAGUUCAUCGCAGCCAUCCAAAUCCAGGACUCUUCUCAGAAGGUGUUGUAUUUUCGUGAUCUGGUGAGGUCCCUCCCGCUACCCAACCAUGAUACCAUGCACCUCCUCUUCAAGCACCUCCUCAAGGUGAUUGAGUUUGGGGACAAGAACCGCAUGUCGGUCCAGAGCAUGGCUAUCGUCUUUGGACCCACGUUACUGAGGCCCCAGACCGAGUCAGCCAACAUAACCGUUUACAUGGUCUUCCAGAACCAGAUUGUGGAACAAAUACUCAAUGAGUUUGAGACAGUGUUUGCCCCCAGCUGAGACAUGGCAUCCAUUAAAACGGGACAGAGAAAAUGGGGAUUGCUUUGGCAUGUCCCGGGUAAUGCCGAUGGUUAAAUGGGUUGCCAGGUUUGGUAAAAGGAUGGUGAUAGGGCGCUUUUCUGUUUUCUGUCAAGGAACUGGCCUUUAACUUCGGUAGCUCCAAGCCUUCAAUCCUCAUUCCAAAUGUAUAUUGUAAGCUUUCCAACCACCCAUCCAUUUGCUUUGGUACUUCCAAUUUCAAGAACAUUAAUAAACGGAAGUUGAGUAAAAAGGAAAUAUUUUAUUUUUACGGGACUUGCUUCUCAAAUAUUGACUAUUUUCUCCUUAGAUUGUUUUGUGAAUUUGUCCAUGAAAACAACUGGUGACCAUACUGUGUUUCAUAACUAUGCAUUAAGUGGUUGUAGGUUUAAGGCAGUACUACGUCUGGUACUGUUGGUAUUAGCCUAAUAGUAAGAACAUGUCAUUUAACUGUAAAAAUGUAUAUUUUUUAAUGUUCUGCGCCUCUUAUGUGCCCAGUCCCCAGGCCUGUGGUUGGUGGUUGCAUUAAAAAUGUGUGUGUGUGUGUAUGUAUAUAUAUAUAUAUAUAUAUAUAUAUAUAUAUAUAUUUCUUUAUGCUUAUGGGCUUCAGCCCAUGCAUUAAUCCCACCCUGGACAGUACAUAUAGACAUGUUUAACAGAGUAUAAUUGUACAUUACUGCUGUUUUAUAGUGUUUUAUAGUGUUAACAUUAUUAAAGAUCAAGGAAAAGAACAAAAGCUAUACCAAGAGAUUUGAAAACAAAUGUUGUUCUCUGUACAUAAGAGAUUAUCCUACCUUAUUCAUGCUAUUUUAAUAAAAUACUGUGAUUUCUAUGUCAA